AAAGCGCACGCAGACUGAACGGGACGAACUGCACGUGUUGGGCAUUGACACGGCACCGCAUCGAUGACGCACACACUGACCAGGUGUAUGUCCACACCGCGGAACGAAGGAGCCUAGGACCGUGUACGCCUCAUUACACGAAGAUAUGUGUAUUUCUGUUGUUUUUAACGGGCCAAGGCCGUCGCUGGUCACGACAUGCUGACUUCAGCCGGUUGCUUUCCCGCGUCGUUUAGAGGAGUGAACCCGGGAAAAUUCGGCGUUAGUGACCCUCCAACAGGCCUCUGCAUUUCGAGGAAUCUGCAGCCUCUGCCGGCUGCUGUUACGCGCCUUGUUCGCUUCCUGAGAAUUUCCCUGGUUGUCCGAUGAAGCACGCUUCUUCUGUUCCCGAUGUUCGCAGUUCUGACGGGCAAGUGGGCCCCGUUCUUGCCGUUCUCAGCGCUUGCAGUUUCGCAGAAAACUCGCUCUCCCCAUUUUCAGCACACCAGGAUUAAGCCACUCUUUUUGGCUGCGGCAGCGGUUGCUAGAAGGCAACCCCCCAAGAAUGAGUGUGCGGCUCGUUCCUCCCCCCCAGGCUUGUUGCUGCGUCUUGUCCCCAUCUCCCAUGGAUUUCUUGUCUUUUCUCACGGUUUUCACCUCCCUCACUUGUCGGUGUUUGCUCGUCGUCCCCUGAUUUCUCGCCACUUCUUCCUGUCUCUCCCUUCCCGUACUGGACGAGGCAGCUCCACACUGCGCAGGGCGCCGUGUGCGACUUGAAGAGCAUCCCCUUUCUUGAUUUCGGGACACACAGAGCCCCCUUUCUUUUCUACUCCAUUAAGAAGUUCGCUCCGUAAAUAAUUCUUUUGAGCAAGCUUAAACUGCUUCCGUUCCUCUUUUUUGCUUCCCUCCCGUCCGUCUCUCCCGUCCGCUUCUCUCGACAUCCCAGGGUACGCGGUGUUUUUCCAGGUGUUUCAUCGCAGCUAACGAAGCGCUCUUUUUCAACCGUCCCCCUUUCCUUAGGGCAGCUUCUUCUCGUCUCGCCUAGGUAGAUUAUUGGUCUCGUUUCCUCAUUUUUGACCACACCCUCUCCACGGUUUUAAAACGUACCCACUCAGCGCCGUCAAGAGAAGACACGUGGUUCCCCUUUUGUCGUCUCUUCCUGUGCUUCUGUGUUCUUCUCAUCCUGGUGCAUCCGGCUGCAAGGCGCCGGUCCGCUUCGACUUCGGGCAUACCAGUGACGGGUGAGUUUUCCUAUCGUCUUCGGGGAAAAAACGGUUCAACCACCCUGCUGGUUUCUCAGGCGUUUCAGAGGAAAGAGAGCCGUUGCUGCUCUCUAAACAACGACUCCUUCCGUGCAGUUCCUUGACCACCCGAGCUGAGACAACGCAGUUGAAAAUGUUGGGUGUCUCCACCUCUGCCCUUCUUUCCUCUCUGUUCUAAGGGUUUCUUUGCUUCGCGCAUCUGUCUCCGUCUUCCUUUUUUCCUCUCUUGUCUCUCUUCCCCGUCUCCUCCACUCCAAGACUUCUCUCAAGUCUCUUCCCUUUUUGCUUCCGCUUCCCCCGUCGGUGCCCUCUAUAGCGCCCUGCAUUCUCCUCUCGUCUCUUCUUCGUCCUUUCCUCUGCUCACCUGCGGAGAUUCUUUUCCCGUCCUUCUCUCCUUCCUCUUCUCGCUUUUCUUGAAAGAUGGCGUCUUCGGAGGAGGGCGCGCCACCUAUCGAGGCGAAGAUGGAGAUGAAGCGCGAGCCUGAUGCGGAGCCGCCUUCGGUCCCCGCGGCUAGCCUCGCUGCGCCUGAGGAGAAAGUAGUGCCGAACGGGGCGUCUCCUACAGUCCCUGUGAAGACACAGGAAGCGAAGGAAGAAGGCCGAGGUGGCGCGCGAACUGUGGCCAUUGACGGCGGUGACGUGAAGGAGAAACUCGACAGACUCUUCAGUUACUGGGACAGCUGCUACGGCGUCGAGGGAGACUCCUGGCAUGGCGUCGACGCGUUUGUCAUUCUCGUCGGCAAAGCCAGUGAAGAGGAAGAAGGAAAGGCAGAGCAAAUGCAAAUGUGGCUGACGGGCUUCCAGUUUCCAGAGACCCUCUUUGUCUUUACUCGCACCGGCGAGUGGUGGGUGUUGACGAGUCCAAAGAAGCUGGAACACUUGCGACAAGUUGAGAGUUGCCGCGAGGGAAUUUUUCUUCUUUCGCGCGCUGACGGGCUUCCAGAAGCAAUGGAGAAGAUCCAUCAAGCCAUUGGCCGCGCCGCCGCUGCAGCUGGGAAGAACGCAGACGAGGCCUCCAUCGGUUGUCUUCAGCAGUCUGCGAGUCUCAGCCAGGGUGGGGGCUUCGGGCAGCAAGUCUCAGAUUCGCUGCUGAGAAAAUUCACAGAAAGCAACAGAUCCAAGUUUGUCGACGACGGAAUCGUCGCCACGAUGGCUGUCCACACCCGCGUCGAGAUCGAGAACAUUCGAAGUGCAAGCGUUGUCUGCGUCGCGAUGGUCAAGACGCAAAUCGUGAAUCGGAUUGAAACUGUUCUUGACAAUGAGCAACAAGAGUCGCAUGCAGCGAUCGCGGACCUCGCUGAGAAGCUGCUGAAGGACGGCAAGCAGAUUGAGAAACUCCGAGAAAAGCGCAAUAUCGACCCGAGUGAGGUGGAUCUCCUGUACAGCAACGUGCAGAGCGGAGAUGUUUUUGACUUGCGGGCGUCAGCGCAACCGACCAACGCGAACCUCUCUCAAAGUGAAGGAUCGAUCAUCGUCUCUCUGGGGGUGAAGUACAAGGAACUCUGUGCCGCAGUCGCCCGAACGCUUCUCCUGAAUGGAACGAAAGAGCAGAAAGAGGUCUACUCGUUCACCUUUGAGUUGCUGAACUACGUCAUUUCUCUGCUGAAGCCAGGGGCGUCUUUCAGCAGCAUCUACGCGGACGCACGGGCGUUCGUGGAAGAGAAGAAACCUGCUCUCGCAGACCAUCUCCUCAAGAUGGUUGGCCACUGCAUGGGACUUGAAUAUCGCUCCAACUCUCUCGUCCUGAACGCGAAGAACUCCAAGUCUGUCGUCGAAAGAGGCAUGGUCUUCAACAUCUCUGUUGGCUUUUCUCACCUCACAACUGCCAAGGGAAAGAACUACGCGAUUUGGCUUGCAGACACAGUUCUGCUUCCGAAAGAAGAAGGCGCCGCCCCCGUCGUUUUGACCGACGGAACAUCGAAAGUGUUGCGGCAUGUCUCGUACGAACUGGAAGACGCGGAGGAGGAGCCUGCAGAGAAGAAGGACAAGGCAUCUGCAGACGACAAGAAGCGCGCAAAGGAAGAGACCACGAAAGGCGCAGACGACCCGGAGAGACAGAAGAAGAAGAGUGUGGCGACAAAGCAGAAAGACAGCUCGAGAGUGAAAGAGAAGGAAAAAGAGACCCGAAAAGCUGCAACGACUGGCGGCGCCAUCUCCGCAACGAUCCUCAACAAUGCCGAGUCGGUCAUCCUGAAAGACAGACUGAGGAGGCGGACGGGGUCGCAAGCGGCGACGGCGCAGCAGGAGGCAGAAGAGAGGGACGAACGACAGAGACAGUUGAGGAAGAAAAAAAGCGAACAGUUGCGUCUGAGGUUCGAGGAGGAGAAAGAUGGAGGAGGCCUGGAGAGAAAGAAGAAAGAAGGGAAGAAAAUGGAAGAUAUCAAAUGCUUCUCCGGCCCUGAAGGCUUUCCUCGGGACGUCAAGGCCAACAAACUGUAUGUCGACUUCAAGUCGGAGUCUUUGUUGGUCCCGAUCCACGGGUCUCACUUGCCGUUCCACUUGUCGACGGUGAAGAACGUGACUUGCAGCGAAGCUCAGGGAGACUCUUCGGGAAGUUCCUCGGUCUCUGGAAAGAACAAGGCACCCUUCUACGUGCUCAGAAUCAACUUCCAGGUGCCAGGCAGUCAAACUCUCACGUUGAAAGGCGAAGAAAAUCCGCUGCCGGACCUCUCUGGGAAACCCGACACGGUUUUCAUCAAGGAGUUGAUGUUCAAAAGCGAGGACGGCCGGCAUCUUCAAACGAUUUUCAGGACCAUCAAAGAGCAGCUGAAGCGCGUGAAGCAAAAGGCGCUCGAAGACGACGUCGCCGGGGAGGUGACGGAGCAAGACAAAUUGAUCUUGAAUCGCUCGGGUCGUCGCGUUCUGCUGAAAGACUUGAUGAUUCGUCCCAACAUCGCUCCCGGCAUGCGGAAACUCAUCGGCGCCCUCGAGGCGCACACCAACGGUCUUCGAUUCACCGUCAACACACGCGGACAAAUCGACCAAGUUGACAUUACGUACAGCAACAUCAAGCACGCCAUGUUCCAGCCUUGCGAACGCGAACUUAUCGUCCUCAUCCACUUCCACCUCAAGUCUGCAAUCAUGGUGGGCAAGAAAAGAACACAAGAUGUUCAGUUCUACACAGAGGCUGGCACGCAAACAGACGACCUCGACAACCGCCGAAAUCGGUCUUUCCAUGACCCAGAUGAGACUCAAGACGAAAUGCGAGAGAGAGAACUGAAGAGGAGGUUGAACAACGAAUUCAAACGCUUUGUUCAGCAGGUUGAAGACAUUGCGAAGGUCGAGUUCGAUCUACCGUACAGAGAGCUCCGUUUCACGGGUGUCCCGAUGAAGAGCAACGUCGAGAUUUUGCCGACAGCAAAUUGCUUGGUGCACUUGAUUGAGUGGCCGCCCUUUGUCCUGCCUCUCGAGGACAUCGAACUCGUCAGUUUCGAGCGUGUCGCUCAUGGCUUGCGGAACUUCGACGUCAUCUUCGUCUUCCAGGAUUACACGAAACCUGUGAAGAGAAUCGAUUUGGUUCCGAUUGAAUUUUUAGACAACUUGAAGCGCUGGCUGAACGAGCUAGAAAUCGUUUGGUACGAGGGCAAGCAGAACUUGAACUGGAAUGCGAUUCUCAAACAAAUUCGAGAAGACCCUCACGGCUUUGUGGAGGCGGGAGGAUUCGAAAUGUUCCUUGGAGAUGACAGUGUCUCCGGGGAAGAAGGAGACACGGAUGAAGAUGACGACGAUGAGGAGUACGCAGAGUCUGGGAGCGAGAGUGAAUACAACGAAAGGAGUGGAGAGGAAGAGGAAGACGGGGAAGAGGGAUCUUCGGAAGAAGACUCGAGUGACAGCGAUGACGACGAAUCUCUCGCAGAUGAGAGUGACGAAGACGAAGAGUACAACGACGUUUCAUCAGACGAAGAAGAAGGCCUCAGCUGGGACGAACUGGAAGAGCGCGCAAAAAAAGAGGACCGGAAGCGAAGAACUGACGAUUCUGACGACAACGAAGACCGCAGAAAGAAGAAGAGGAAAUGAACAAGAAAUCACUCGAUUUAAAGUGUCUUUGUUUGCCAUGUUUCUCGCAACAUAAAGCUCAGUUUCCCAAGCAUUAAUGAAGAAAUCUGUGGUAGUUUUGUUUUCCGUGAUUAUCUGGUAGACUCAUUCUCGCUGGAACUCUGUGUUUGUGUCACAGUGUAGAAUAUUCUCUUGUAUGCAGAGGGCGGUGUUUCGGCGCAGUCGUCGCGCGUUCUUCUAUUUCUCAGUUCGGCUCUCGCGUUUUUGUCCCCGUUUGUCGAUUGGUGUCUGUGUCUUCCUCCAUCGGAUUCUGUCUUCGGGCUAAAGAGUCAUUUCAGCUUCUCUUCGGUAAAGAGGUUGCUCUGUGGCCACAGUGGGGCUUUUUCUUCUUCCAUAGAGCGCUCUUGUUUUAAUGGAGUCGUAGUCUUGGAAAUACACCCUUCUCUCUCCCCACCAAGAACAAACAGCGAUAGCCAAGAUGCAAGUGAGUCUUUCUGCAAUCACACGUGCAUAUAUAUUUAUAUAUGUAUUUGUAUAUUUGUAUACAGAGUUUUAUGUACAUGUAAGCGUAUGUAUGUACGUAGUUUGUAUUCUUGGAUCUCGUUUCCCGUGAGCUUUCAGAAAAAGGGGGCAAAAACAUGCUUGUUUCCAGCGAGCAGAAAGCGUGUUUCUUAUGGCCAGAUUAGACCGGCAUUCUCUCAACGGACUUCGUGAUUGGAGAGAAAGGCUUUUUUCGUACUCAUUUGUGUGCCCGUGGUCUGCGUGCGGUGCGAAAAAAUGGUAGCCGGAAGGCGGUUCUCCUUUGCGGUGCUGUCUGUGGCGCAUCCUUCUGUGUUGCUUUUUGUAAUGUCUUUUUGGGGUUCUUGGCUGCGGAGAAACGGGGAUCUCUGCGAGAAACACGAGGGAUGUUUCUUCGUCUUUGGCGUGGCAAAAAGCCACACUCUCCGUGUUGUUCAAAUUUCGUGCACCUUGAAAGUUGAAAACGAGUUGCGGAGUCACAAGUCGCCGAGGCUGAACUCGGACAGGUUAACCGCCCUUUGCAGAGCGUUGCAUGCCUGUAGGGCUGCUCGGACCGCCUAGGGCAAGCAGAGAUGUAAACCAGGAAAAGCCGAAAUUCGCAUCUUUAAGUGUCGAUUUCCCCUG